AUGUCUAUAACCAAUGAGUUGCCAGACGCCAUGAAGGCACGUAUCAUCAAGCAGUAUGGACUGACAGUCGACGAGGCUACCAUCCUCGUGGCAGACCCCAGAAAUGUAUCAUAUUUCGAAGUUGUCCUCAAACAUGGAAAGGGUGGUCGUAGCGCCAAGACCCUUCUCCUAUUUAUCCUCAACUACAAAACAAUCGUAGCCACAUCCAUCUCGAUUGAUCGUAUGGCCAAUGUUAUCGACCUCGUCGAAACAGCCUACAUCUCGUCAAAGGUUGCCAAUGAUAUUAUCGACGAGAUGUUGAAAGGUGAUGUCCGAGACGCCAAAGAGAUCGUCGACAGCCUGGGUGUGUCACAAAUCUCUGAGGAUAGCAUCGAUACGAUCUGUCUCCAAGUACUCAAUGAAAACAAAGAUAAAGUCAUGGAGUACCGUUCUGGUAAAACACGUCUCUUUCACGAAACAAACCCAAGGCUUAGCAGAUACUCAAAGGGUGAACUUACAAAAACAUAUUGA